GGGGCCCUAUAGCUGCUACUAUUUUGCCUAGCUGCUCUUGCCCCGCCCGGAUUGCUAGCUACUUGCAACGCAUCGUCUUUUAUAUUCACUUAGCUUAGCUUAGCUUAGCUUGCUUGUGUUUUCUGUGUCUGUCUAUCUCCGUAGUAUGUGUUGUGUCUUUCUCAAUCGGAUCGUAUCGGUGCUGAUCGAUCGAUGAGUGUUGUUCUUACUUACUAAGUAGCGCCAUGGAUCACUGCUGCUGCUCUCUGGUGGUACCACUGCUCAGUACUAACUGGGAACAUCCCGCUCCUUCUUCUUCUCUUCUAGUUAUGUCAGGAAAGAUUUGGUCGGCCAGGCUCUCUCUCUGAAAGACCGCCACUUUUUGCACGACAAAACUUUAAGGGAGGAAGCCUUUCGGUGGCCUGCCUGCCGAUCGAGCCUGCUGACGACGUACGGAGAUGGCGCACGAUCCCAACCUGGGCUUCGCGGACUACUUCUCGGCGGCGGCGGACGCCACGGCCAUGGAGGAAGGGGCGCCGGAGCUCUACGGCUUGCACGCCGACAUGGAGUUCCUCGGCAGCAUGCGAGGAGGCCUGGCCGCCAUGCCUGCCGCGGCUCACGGCCACGGUCACAGCAAGGCCGUGCUCGACGACGCGGGGCCCAACGGCGGCUCCGCGAACGCGGCCACCAUGCAGUUCCUGAGCGCCGCCGGCCAUCAUCAGCAGCAGCAGCCGAGCCAGGCGCCGCUGUCGCUGUCUCUGUGCCGGCCCGAUGGCGGUGGCGUGGGCGUGACGUUGCACGAGCACCUCAGCGGCUCGUCCCGGCACCAUCAGCAGCAGCACCCGGCGCCGGCGGCGUGGAUGCAGAACGACUACACCGCGCCCACGCCGCAGGGGCCGCAGCACGCGGGCGCGUGGCACCUGCGCAGCUCCAAGUUCCUCGUCCCGGCGCAGCAGCUGCUGCAGGAGUUCUGCAGCCUCCCCGUCGACAGCGCCGCCGCCAGCAACAAGCGCGCCAAGGCGGUAACGGCAAAGCAGCCGUCGUCGCAGCAGCAGCAAGAAGACGGCGGCGAAGGGUCGUCGUCGUCGGCCUCCUGGGCCCCGUCGCCGCAGAUCCAGGCCAUGGACGCGCUGGAGCUGCAGCGGCUCAAGGACAAGCUCUACAUCAUGCUGGAAGAGGUGGACAGGAGAUACCGGAGGUACUGCGAGCUGAUGCGGUCGCUGGCGGGCGGGUUCGAGGCGGUGGCCGGGGAGCGCGCGGCGGCGGCGUACACGGCGCUAGCGUCGCGCACGAUCUCGCGGCACUUCCGGAGCCUGCGGGACGGGAUCGUGGCGCAGCUGCAGGCGGCGCGCAAGGCGCUCGGGGAGAAGGACAUGUCCGUGCCCGGGAUGACGCGCGGGGACACGCCCCGGCUCAGGGUGCUCGACCAGUGCAUCCGCCAGCAGAAGGCGCUCACCCAGGCCGGCAUGAUGGAGAGCCACCCAUGGCGACCCCAGCGUGGCCUCCCCGAGCGCGCCGUCACCAUCCUCCGCGCCUGGCUCUUCGAGCACUUCCUGCACCCGUAUCCAAGCGACGUGGAUAAGCACAUUUUGGCUCGCCAGACAGGCCUCUCAAGGAGCCAGGUGUCCAACUGGUUCAUCAAUGCGCGGGUGAGGCUGUGGAAGCCGAUGGUGGAGGAGAUGUACGUGGAGGAGAUGAAGGACGGCCAGCUGGACGACGGCGGCGGCAGCGGGGGGCAGCACAGCGUAAACCCUAACCCUAGCAGCAGCCACGCCUCCGAGGCGCACGGCGGCGGCGCCGCCGGGGGGCGCGAGGUGGCUGAUGGCGGGGAGAACGGUGUCGACCGGAAGCCGACGCGGGCGCAGCUCAUGCACGAAACGGGGUCGCUAGCCUCGGUCGUGAACAUCGGCGGCGCGGGCGGCGGCGUCUCGCGGCUCGCGAACUUCGGCAUCAUGGACCACCUCGACUUCGACGCGUACGGCGGCGGCGACCAGCACAACCACCAGCAGGCCGGGGGCUUCGGCGGCGUGUCCCUGACGCUGGGCCUGCAGCAGCACGACUUCCACGACGGCGGCGGCGUGAACAUCGCGUUCGGCGCGCCGCCGUCGUCCGCGCACCACCACGGCGGCGGCGGCGCGGGGUACCUGUUCGCGGCGGUAGGCGGCCAGCAGAUGGACGGCGGCGUGCACCAGGGGCACGGACACCACGUCCAGUUCGGCGCGGCGGGUGGCAUCGACGGCGAGGCGCCGCCGCACGCCGGGCAGGACCACUACCGGAGUCUCGGCGCCGGGUUCCACCUGCUGCGCGACCUGGCCGGGUGACAGAUGCAGCGGCCGAUCGAUCGAGCUGCGGGUGAGUUGUGACCGAUGGGGAUGUCGUACCGGCGCCUAGCGGACGGCGUGCGCGCGCUCCAGUAUUUGUUUGGCUUUUUGGUGGCUUUGCUUGCCUGAUGCCGCUCCCGGUCCCGGCGCGGCGCGCGGCGGGUCUCGAUCGAUCGCCACCGCCGAGUUGGCCGGGGGGCUUGCUGCCUGCUGCCUGAGUUAUGUAGCGUGUGUACAGAAUGGAAUCGAGAGCAGUUUGGACGCGCGCAGGCGCAGUUAGCCGGUCGGAACUGUAUAGCUAGCUAGUGGACAAAAGCAUUGCAUGCAAGUUAAUUGUUUGCCAAAUUGGUGAAGGAUUCAACAACUCAAUUUAUGCAGGCGAUAUGGUGUUGCUGGUAGAAUGAGAAUGCUCGUCAGUUCAUCUGUUCA